GAGUAUUUAGAAAAUGUUGGGGGGGGGGUCAAAUCAGAUAAAAGUAACUUUGAGGAAACAUGAAAGAAUAAUAAAAGCAGGAUCAAAUCGUUUUGGUCAGAUCUGCUCGGUUCUGUGGAUAGAGAAGCAAUCAGCUCUUUUUCAUCAUCAUCUUCCGUUAUGGACGUUGGCGGAGGUGAAAGUGUGGCAACGCCAGUUCAACAGAAAGCACAUGAGGCCUGGAGGAUUUACCAACACUACCUUGACAAGACUACUCCUCUUCCCACUUACAGGUGGAUUGGUACUGCUCUUGUUGCCCUUUCCUACUGUUUGAGGGUCUACUACCUUCAGGGCUUCUACAUCAUCGCCUAUGGUCUUGGUAUCUACCUUCUCAAUCUCCUCAUUGGCUUCUUGUCCCCUCUUGUUGAUCCUGAGGCUUCUGGUGGGGCCUCUGAUGGUCCUUCUCUUCCUACCAGAGGUUCUGAUGAGUUCAAGCCUUUUAUCCGCCGUCUCCCUGAGUUCAAGUUCUGGUAUUCAAUGACAAAGGCCUUCUGCAUUGCGUUUGUGAUGACUUUCUUCUCGGUGUUUGACGUUCCUGUCUUCUGGCCUAUCCUGCUUUGCUAUUGGAUCGUUCUCUUUUUUCUCACCAUGAGACGCCAGAUCUCUCACAUGAUCAAGUACAAGUACAUCCCUUUCAGCUUCGGCAAACAGAAAUAUGGUGGACGGAGUAGCAGCAGCGGCUCACGUGCGGACUGAUCUGAUGACCCUUGUUGUUAGAAAAAUCAUUUUGGACUAUUUUUUUUCCAUUGACGGACAGAUCUAUGCAGCUACAGCCUACAGGUAAGAAUUAGAUGGGUAAACACAAGAAAAUGAGAAAACAGGAUGAGAUUCGAAUUUGUUCUUAUUUUAGCUCGGAGAAAAAUUGGUCCUUGUAUGUAUUACUACUAUUUGUUUUGUUGCUUUACUUCAAAUAAUUCUACGAAUGAAUUUGGCUUCAAA